ACUAAUUUGAGAUACGGCCAGUAUCUAUAAUAUGCCUAUUUUUUAUUUAUGACAUUUAAAAUUCCAGUUUAUUCAUCAUGAAUAAGGAUAAUGCGAUUGACAUACUUGUAGUAGGAAGUUGUAAUAUUGAUAUGCAUUGGUUCAUUUCAGAAUUACCACAUCCUGGAGAAACAUUAUUAGGAUCAAAAUUUGUUAAGGGAUAUGGUGGCAAAGGAGCAAAUGAGGCUGUUGCUACAUCUAAAUUAGGAGCCUUGACUGCACUAAUUGCUAUGUUAGGUGAUGAUGAAUAUGGGAAAGAAUAUCUCCAAAAUUUAAAAAAUCUUAAUAUUAUUACAGAUUAUGUUGGAGUAGCAAAGGAUACUUCAACAGGCUUGGCCAGUAUAACAAUAGACAAACAUGGACAAAAUUUUAUAAUAGUCAUUCCCGGCGCUAAUUGGCUUAUGAGCCCUCAAAUCUUGAAUCGAAUUUUGUACCAAAUCAAUGAAAAUGGUGAAAUAGUUAAGAGUAAAAUCAAAUGCAAAGUGCUGGUCACUCAAAGAGAGGUGCCGGAUCUGGUUGUGUUGGAAAGUCUGAAAUGGGCCAAAGGAUAUUACGGUCACUAUGAAGAAGAAAUUUCCAACGACAAUGACGAAAAGGAACCAAGAGAUCAUUUUAGCGAUACAUUAACUAUAUUUAAUCCUUCACCAAUCAAGGCCUCCGAACGUGAUGAAUUGUUCAAAUCGGGAAUAUUUGAUUAUUGCGAUAUUGUUUGCCUCAAUGAAGUUGAGAUCGGGAUGCUCACAAUUACAGAUGAGCCAUAUAAAGGAAAUUGCACACUGCAAUUAUCGAAUUUGGAUCCGGGUUUUUUAGACCAUUGUAAAUCGGCCUUGUCAACUCUCAUGGAUCGACUACCCAGGGUUAAAGCCAUAGUCCUUACCUUGGGUCAAUUGGGUGUCCUUCUUUGUCAACGUAAUUCCAAUCAUUCCGAUAAUGCUAGCGACAAAAAUGGUAAUUAUUCUUGUAGCGAACAUCUAAAAAAUGGAAAAUGGGAUAUAAGGCAUGUGGUGGCCCCUAAGGUGGAUGCCAUCGAUACUUCGGGAGCUGGUGAUAGUUUUUUAGGAAGCUUAGCCUUUUACUGCGCCAUGUAUCCUUCCUUAGACUUGCAUCAAAUGAUAAAUCGAGCUUGUUUCAUAUCGUCUCAAACAGUCAAGCAUAGGGGCACGCAAUCCAGCUAUCUCACUAAAAAUGAAUUACCCCAAUUUCUCUUUUAAACAUAUUAAAAAUAUGCAAGAGCUUAUAAAUUGUGAUAGAAGAAAAAAAUAUUUAUUUAUAUUAUAUAGCUUAUUUUUUCCCAAGAGAUGUUAUAAAUUCUUAUUUCAAGCUAUUAUCCUUCUCCAAACAAUUCAAUUUACAUUAUUACAUAGAUCAAUUAAAUUGUCAAUCUUUUUAAUAUUUUGCUGGGCCAAUUUUAUUUAUACAAA